AUGGGUCUUAACGCUGUUUUGCCUCCAAGUACUGGCUGGGGAUUCCAGUUUCACGCUUCAGCUGCUCAGAACCAGCAACAACUUCACAACCAUCAUCACCAUCACCAUCACCUUCAUCAGCAACAACAACAACAACAACAACAACAAAGCCUGACAGCUUCUCAUGGCCCUGCUUCAAACUCACAUUCAUCAGCUUUAAAUUCUUCUAAUCCAUGUGACCAGACGGCUACAGCUCUGCAUCUAUCCCACCUAUCCGUAUCUCGUCCAAAACGGAAACUUCACGAUGAUAUCCCCCGACAAGACGACUCUGAUGAAGAAUCCAGCAUACAAAAGCAGUCUUCUUCUUUUUUUUCUUCUACAGAAUCCCGGCGUUCUUUGCUCCGUAAACAACCUUCUCCACCAUUAGCAUCUUCUUCUAGCAUUCUCUCUUCUUCUACUUUACAAAAAAAUAUGGCCAAAAUCGGCAAGCAAUCCCCCCUGAAACAAUCAAAGCCGACCAAGCGCGCCCGCUUUGACCGCAUGUCCGGACGUCCUUUGCCUGUCGCUAGACUUGUCGAAACCCUCGACAAGAAGGCUCUGGAAACCCUUGUCACAGCUCUCGUCCACGCACGACCAGACAUGGCUCCAGCCAUUCAUGCACUUGCUCCGGCUGUGUCUGUAGCUUCGGCUCUUACCGCGCUCUCAGCAAAGCUGGAAACCAUUUUCCUGGGUCUCCCCUACAAGGGCGACCAGGCCGGUGACUAUGCAUAUCUACGCGUGCGUCCAGCUAUUGACGAUUUCCUCGCAGCCCUCGCAGACUAUACUGCCCAUUUCCUUCCGCCUAAUGAGACCCAGCCCAGUAACUCCCUCGCAUUUUUGGACGCUGCAACAAUGCUUCUCCACAAACUACCCACUUGGGCUUCACCAGAAAACAACCAUGCCCGCACAGUCGCUUACGAUAGAAUCGCUGCUGCGUGGGUCCUGGCCCUUCAGGAAGCUGAAAAACGUGCAAAUGGUCUUGGCCUUGCAUACGGUGGCUGGCAGCACAAACUUGAUAACCAUAACGAGCUUUCGGGUCAACUCCUGACUCCUGCUGCUAGUUACCUUCGUAACGCUUUACGGUGGAUGAAUGACCAGAACCACCAGAGCAACUAUAACAAUCAUUUUUAUUACAAUAACGCAGACAUUCCUCAGGGCUCUGCUGCCGCUGCCGGCAUCGUCCCUACAGGCCCGCCUUCGGCUCCUGUCAUUCCAGCUACUGGUGUUUUUUCCAAGUACUCUUCCGGCCCAUCCAACUGGAGUUAG